AUGCACCGCGGCCAUGCGGCCCCCGAAAACAUAAUAGCAUCAGCGACAAUGCAUCUCAGCACAUCGCGCAUCGACGUAUCAAUAUUCAACCAGCCAAUGGUGAUCAAGAAUAGCAGCAUGACAGGGAGUUGGGGGUUUCACACGCACAUGGGGAAGUUCAAGUGGAAGGUGAAUCAGUUGACGGGUACGGGGUUUGAGUUGUUUGAUCAGAGUGGGAGGAAGGUUGCCAAGUAUGGGAGUGCGGGAUGGAAGAAGUUUGGGGAGAAGGAGGUUAGUGUUUAUGUAAGGGGGGAUGAGUUCUUUGUGGUUAUGGUAGUGUUUUCGGCGGUUGUGGCGAAAGAGUUGAAGAGGAUUAUUGAUGAGGUUGUUGGGGAGGUUGCGGGUGCUGUGGCGGAAUGA